UAAUCGAUAACGAUCCUCACAGGGGUGUUGAACGAGCUGCAUCAUUCAACAAUCUGCAGUAUCUUGACCUGCGAGCUUCGUCUACAUCUCAUCUCCGACGCCCCUCCUUCCAAGCAUUGCAACCCACUGUCGUCGCGACCCUCCGACUUGUUCAUCACAGCUUUCGGCCUCACCGCAUCACAGGCAGCCGAGGCUUGAGUAUUCCUUCCGCUUCUAGAAGCAAUAAGUCUAUCGACUGUUCAAGACAUAUAAGCUGGCUCUCUUCAAGCUUCUGAGGCCAUUGUCCUUCUCGCCGCUCUCACCAGCAAGUUACGUCAGAGCUUGUCACCGCCCCAUAUCUGCGCAAAAAGCCCCGACGAACGUCAACACCCACGCCAGACACCAGCAAGUGAAAGACGGACUAUACAGAACCAUGGCGACACUCAGUGCUCAGCGCAAGCACAAGGUGACCAUUGUGGGCUCCGGCAAUUGGGGCACUACAAUGGCCAAGCUCGUAGCUGAGAAUACCAAGGACAAUCCCUCUCUGUUUGAGGAAAAGGUGCAGAUGUGGGUGUUCGAGGAAGAGUACACAAUCCCCAAGAACUCGCGACACUACAGUGGCUCAGAUCAGCCUGAGAAGCUCUCGCAGCUCAUCAAUAGCGUCCACGAGAACGUCAAAUACCUGCCGAACAUUACGCUGCCUCCGAACGUUAUCGCCAACCCUGAUCUGCCCGAUGCUUGCAAAGACUCCACGAUGCUCGUCUUUGUGCUCCCACAUCAGUUCAUUGCCAGGACAUGCUCCCAGCUGUCAGGAAAAAUCCUCCCAUAUGCUCGAGCUAUCUGCUGCACAAAGGGUGUCGAUGUGAGCGAGAAGGGCAUCCAGCUCAUGUCAGAGGCUAUUGGGAAGGGUUUGAACAUCUACUGCGGUGCUCUGUCAGGCGCAAACAUUGCCUCUGAAAUUGCCAAGGAGCUGUACUCCGAGACCACAGUUGCUUAUGACCCACCGCCAAUGGACUCUCGUCAUCCAACACCAAGCGGGUCACCGAGCUCUUCGCAGGUCAACCUAAUCAAUCCUGAGAUUGAGCCCGGCAAGCGAUCUGCUAAUCUGACUCCUUUGCCGUCCGAGUACCCUCCUCUCUCGCACGAGAACAUUCGUAAGCUGUUCCACCGCCCCUACUUCCACGUACACCUAGUCAACGAUGUCGCCGGUGUGUCUCUCGGCGGAGCCCUGAAAAACAUCAUCGCUCUUGCGGCUGGGUUUGUCGAUGGCUUGGGCUGGGGUGACAACGCCAAGGCAGCCGUAAUGCGUGUGGGAAUACUCGAAAUGGUCAAGUUCGGAAAGAUGUUCUUUGGGGAGAGCUCUCGCACUAGCACGUUCACUGAGGAGAGCUGUGGUGUUGCCGAUGUCAUCACAUCCUGCUCAGGCGGUCGCAACUUCCGUUGUGCAAAGAUGGCCGUCGAACGUAAAGAAUCCAUUGGCGCUAUCGAGGAGAAGGAGCUCAACGGUCAGAAGCUGCAAGGCACCAGCACUGCCAUUGAGGUGAACCAGUUCCUGAAGUCCCAGGGCAAGGAGGCAGACUUCCCUUUGUUCACUGCGGUGUUCAACAUUCUGGAGGGCAAGGCGAAGCCUCAGGAUAUUCCUGAGCUCAUUGAGCCGAAGCACUAGGCGUACAGUGUGUCUCGAGGCGGAGCAAACAGGUGGAGUCGGAUGCAGGUGUCCGGGUUCCUAAGCAAUACCCACUAUAGAUUUCUAAUGAACCCAUGUUUGUGGUUCUCUGUGGAGAAAGUAUCGUUUUCAG